GGUGUGGUGUGAGUCGAGUGUGACAGACGGAGACAGUCUCUGAGGAUGCCAACAGCAAGGGAAGUUUCUGAACACAGGACGAGACAGUGUCUCCGUCGUCCUCAUUCGCGAACAUAUACAUUUUUCCCAGUACGGCGUUGCUUUUUCCAUUUUCAGCUGAAAUAGCGACUACUAGAUGCAUUGGGCAGCAAGAAAAAAAGAUACAUUGGACUCUCAAGCUUUUGAGUGUAACAGGCCCAUUCAAGUCCAUUUGAGUUUUUUUUUUUUUUUCUCGUACAAAUGACAUUUAUCUUUUACUAAAGAAGCCAAUUUUGUUAUAUCCAUGAUUCGAAGUGAAAACCUCUCUGAUUAAGGUAUGCUUGGUGGUGCUGGUGGCUGUGCGGCUAGUUGAAGUUGAAGCUUUAAGGUAUGUUCUCCAGAAGCAAAAGCCACACCCUCUCCCACCUCAAGGCGAGAUCCAUAUCAAGCCUGAAAGUAGUGUGGCGCAAGGACCCAGAACUCGACCGAGCCAUAGAGUUGGACAAGCGAUACAAGCAAUGCGCCCGCGUCGUCAAAGAAGUCCUCAACGAACCAGGCCAGGUCAUCCCUCUCCGCUACCUCGAAAAGCGCCGCGAAAGGAUGCGCCUCAAGCUCAAAGCCGAAACCUUUCUCAACCAAAACCCCGGCCUCUUCGACGUCUACUACGACCGCAUCAAACCCAAAACCGAACCGGUCCGCUUCCUCCGCCCCACCGACCGCCUCCGCCGAUUCCUCCACCAGGAGCGACGCGUUUUCCUCGACAACGAGCCCUUCAUCGUGUCCAAGUUGUGUAAACUGUUAAUGAUGUCGAAGAACAAGGUUGUCAGUGCUGACAAGCUACUUCACGUGAAGAGGGAGUUCGGCUUCCCCAACGAUUUCUUGGUUGAUUUGGUUCCUAGGUAUCCGGAAUAUUUUAGGUUAACCGGUUCUCCUGGGGAGGGGAAAUCGUUUCUGGAGUUGGUUAAUUGGAACCCCGAGUUUGCAAAAUCUGUAAUUGAGCGAAGGGCUGAAGAGGAGAGUGAGCGUUUGGGGAUUAGGGUUAGGCCCAGUUUCAAUGUGCAGCUUCCACGAGGGUUUGUGUUGAAGAAGGAGAUGAGGGAGUGGAUUAGGGAUUGGAUGGAGCUUGAUUACGUGUCCCCUUAUGAGGAUGUGUCUCAUUUGGAUCAGGCUUCUAGAGAGAUGGAGAAGAGGUCCGUUGGAGUGUUCCAUGAACUGCUCUCACUUUCCUUGCACAAGAGGAUUCCUGUGCCGAUUCUCGGAAAGUUUUGCGACGAGUAUAGGUUUUCGAAUGCGUUUUCCACCACUUUUACUAGGCAUUCGGGGAUAUUCUAUCUGUCUUUGAAAGGAGGGAUUGAGACGGCGGUGUUGAGAGAAGCGUACAGAGGCGAUGAGUUGAUUGACCGCGAUCCUCUGCUCCGGAUAAAGGAUAUGUUUGUUGAGUUGUUGGAGGAUGGGUGGCGGCAAAGAGCAGAGCAGUUGAGGUUGAAGCAAGAGAAGGUUAAGGAAGAUAUGGAGUUAUUGGCUACUAAAGUUAGUGAAUGAAAAUAUGGAUAUGAAGAGCUUUUGAUUUGGAGGAUUUUUGUGGUAUAAAAGCUUGACCAUUCCUGGCGAGUACAUUCUUUCUCACUUUGUAUGAUUGUUAGUCUUAAGAUGCAUGAAUUGCUGCAGAAAAAUUGAAUGGUUUCCUCUUAGGACUCUGUUAUUGAAGAAUGUUUCAGUAACAAGUUUUUGGCUUAGUAAUAUGUCUACGGACCAUUUUCCCCCCCAUGUUUGCAUUGUUGAAACCAAUUUUAAAUAUGGAGGGUAGGGAGGGAUUGUUGUUCAUAUAAUGUUUCCUUUUACUUGUGAUAGUGGUUAACAAUUAACGUAAUGUCAAAAUGUCAGAAUCAGAAAUCAAAGUACUGCAUUGUAUUCUUUGAAAUAUUUUUUAUUUCAUCUUGAAAAUGUUGGAAGCUGAGUGUUUUUCAAUCCAUCUUGUUAAAAUGCACUUAGUUGUAAACUUGCCGAUAGUGCUUGAGCUAUUUGACAACCAACUUUAUUCAAAAAAAUUUGAAAUAAUGGUAUGCAUUGUGAUGAGUAAUAUUGAUGAAUUUGGUAAAGAUUCCGAAAGAGAGGGAUUCGAACCCAUCUUUGAGAUGCAUGAUAAAAUAUCUAAGUUGGACUUGCUAGAAGGAGGCUGUGAAUGAACCUGUGUUUACCCUUAUCUAACUCAUUGUGCUUUGAAAUUUAAGAAUUACAGUGCUCCAAAUAAUGCUUCUGGUAUCAGAUCAAGCCGGCAGUACAUUGUUGGAGGCCACAAAAUGCGGAAAAUGCUGAAUUUCCGCAGGAUGUUCCUCUGAUAAUUCAAAGAGGAAGAAUACACAUUGUAUAUCUGCUAAGGAUGGAAAAAAUGAGUUCCAUUUUUGGAUGAUGACCAAAUUCUGCUACCAAAUUACCUUGAGCAGCAAUGAAGUAUUUGCUUUUCAUGUUUCAAGGAACAGCUGGAAACCUAUUAAGGAAAGUGUAAAGAAAUUAAAUUUGUCAUUCUAUCAUGUAUGUUACGCAAUGGUAAAGUUAUUUUUCCUCGUAGCUUGGAGGUUAUAAGUUCAAAUUCUAGAAAUAGUUUUUUCGAUUGCUGGGAUAAGGCUUUGGAUUGCCCUACUAUAUGUUACUUAAAGAAAGGUUGUUUCCAACAGUCAACUUCUAUUUGAAGGCUCUACAAUAACAAUUCUUUUGUUAAGGAGGUUGUGUGUAUUAAGUAUUAACAAUUUUUCUUUCAAAAGGAAUCAGUUAGAAA